UGUUGAAUACAUCGAAAAAAAAAAUAAAAGGAAAUAAUUUUAAAAAGGAACAGGACGAUCUCUGCUUCUUUAGUUACAGUUCGGUGAAUUUUGAAAAAAAAAAAGAAAAAUUGUAAUUUUUUUGUUUAAUAUUUUUUUUUUUAUAACUUUACCUUACUAAAAAGGUAUACCAUAAUUUAAACAUUUAUAGAUAUGUAAAAGUAAAUGUAUCUCCGAAUGUGUGUAUGUAUGUACACAUAUGCACAAACUUAUAUAAAUUUCGUUCCGUUUUUGUUUUAUUUUUCGUUAUUUGGUUUUUUGUUUUUUUUUUUUUUGUAUAAUUUUGCGCCGAUUUAAGUAAAGGCAGACAAGAAGUCGUUAGCGUUUGUAAUUUAUAGCCAUAAAGCAGUUAAGAAAAAACACCAUUGGAAUUGGAAUCCGCACAGAGAAAGAAAAACAAAUUGAAAAUGAAGAGAUUUUUUGAAGAAAUUUUAAGUUCUAUAGUUAUUUUUAUAAUAUUUUUUAUUUUAACAAAACCAAUUCAUAGUAAAAGGAAUAAUCAUAACAAAGAUCUAGAUAAUGGGGAACAAGGUCUCUCAUUAUGGAUCAAUGAACAGCAAUUAAAAGUACUUAGUGGUUAUGCUUUUAGAGUAUAUGCAAUACAUAACAGUUGUGUUAAUAUAGAUUUACGAGACCCAAAUUUUAGUCAAAAAUUACCAACUAUACCUUCCGAAGUGAAUUCAGUGAAUUUUACAUGGACAUCAGGUGGAAAAAAAUAUAAUUACAAUUUUGAUCGUCUUGAAAGUUCAGACAAAAAUAUUCUUAAACCACCAACAGUAUCAAUUAAAACUAAAGGACGGAUUCCGAAACGUCAGAAAGAUUUUAGUAUAUUUUUACCUUGCACCGGUAAUUUAUCAGGUGUAGCUGCCUUUGGUAUAGGAUUAUUAAUACAAGAUAGACAUGGGAAACAGUUGCCUGGAACACCGUUACGUUUGACUUUCAAUAAGGAAUGCGCACAUAGAGGUGUGUAUGUGUAUGAUAGAAACAACACUUCACUAACUACUUCGCAAGGUCCUGAUCCGGAAUGUGAUAAAAAAUGUAACUCAAAUGGACAUUGCAAUCCAGAAAAGGUUUGUCAAUGUAAAAAUGGUUAUAUGGGACAAUACUGUCAAACGGCUUUAUGCUAUCCACAAUGCAUGAAUGGAGGAUCUUGUGUUGCUCCAAAUGUUUGUUCAUGUCCACCUGGUUAUCAAGGAAAGCACUGUGAAGGAGGAAUUUGCGCCAAUAAAUGUUUGAAUGGUGGCAAAUGUAUUCAAAAAGAUAAAUGUAAAUGCUCAAAAGGAUACUUUGGACCAAGAUGUGAAAUGUCCAGAUGUUUUAUACCAUGUAAAAAUGGAGGAAAAUGUAUAGGAACGAAUAAAUGUGAUUGUCCGUUAGGGUUAAGAGGCGAUCAUUGUGAAAUAGGGCAACGUGAUAAAUCUUAUCGUUGCAGAAAGCCUUGUGUUCAUGGAGAGUGUUUAACAAACCGAACAUGUAAAUGCCAAGAAGGUUUCACGGGAAGAUUCUGUAAUCAACGAAAAUGGAAACCACGUAUUGAUGAAUCCGGAUCUUAAUAUUUGAUUAUAGAUAUAUAAGUUUUAUGCUAUGGUAAAAUAAAUUGAAUUAUUGAUAUCUUUGUAUAGUUUUAUAUUAUUAUUUAUGUGUUUGUCAAAAUAAAUAUUAAUUAAAAUAAAAUAUUUUUGUUUAUGAUA